AUGGUUAACAAGCUGGAACUCCUCGUGUUGGGCGGCCUACUAGGCGCACCCUGCGCUACUAUCUUGUCCAAGUGCGCGGCUGCACCGGUUCUGUUUGCCGUGCACCCAGCGGGCAAUGCCAUCGCCUUCCUAUUGUGCUUCCCAUUGGGUAUCUACUUGCACAUGUUCUCUCAAAUGCUGGCGAUGCUGCUGCUGAGUGUCGGCGGCGCGACUGCGUAUAUGACCAAGAAUGCGAACGGCAAGGACCACUUCACGUCCACGCACUCGUGGAUUGCGGGUGCCACAGCCACGCUGUCUACACUAAACAUGCUGGGAGUGAGGAUACGCUUAUCGUGA